GGAAGAAUGAUGUAUCGGGGUUGACAACACCUACAUCCAUACGUAGAUACCUAAGUACCUAACCUAGGGUACACACACAUAAUUCUUGGCGUCAAUGAUCCAAUACCUCAGGUACGCUGUCAGGCCAUUGGCCAAUCAGCAUCAAACCUCCUUCCCUAAACGCCCCUCAACGCGUCGCCGCACCCGCGUCCCACCGCUACGUACGGUAAAAAAGUAUACCUAUCCCACUUUCCGCUGCAGUGUAAAUAAAAUAAAUCUUUCUUCACCGCAACUGCCACAACCCGAUUCCCACAAACCCAGUUGCCACCAAACAGGUACCUACAGUUCAAACAGACAUCGUAUAGACUUCUCCUUCUAAACCAUACAACUACCUAGGUACCUACUUAAUUAAAAGUCCCAAGAUUAUGACCACUACUGCAUCCGUAACAUCACCACCGACCUCACCGCCCGCGAAAAGAGUCAAGACCACUCCCACAUCUGCAACCACCACCACCACCAACAACACCAACACCAACGCCACCGAAACAAUGUCUCCCCCCAACACCACAACCCAACCCCCCGUCCCUCACCUCGACGCAUCCCCCCCCCUCCUAAUCAAAAAGCUCUCUCCAACAGCCAAGCUCCCCACGCGCGGGAGCCCCUUCUCCGCCGGCUACGACCUAUACGCCUCGCGCCCCGUGACCAUCCCCUCCCGCGGCAAAGCCCUAGUCGAGACGGACAUAGCGCUCGCCGUGCCCGCCGGCACCUACGGGCGCGUCGCGCCUCGCUCCGGCCUCGCAGCCAAGCACUUCAUCGACACGGGCGCCGGCGUCAUCGACGCCGACUACCGCGGGCCCCUGAAGGUCCUGCUGUUCAACCACUCGGACGCGGAUUUCGCGGUGGCGGAGGGCGACCGCGUCGCCCAGCUCGUUGUGGAGAGGAUUUACACGCCUGAGGUGCUGGAGGUGCAGGAGCUGGAGGAGAGUGUGCGUGGGGCCGGGGGGUUUGGCAGCACGGGUACGAAUUAAGGACGUUGUCUUGAGCUGGGAAGAUGGAGGCUACGGUAUACCUACCUAGGUACCUACUUGGGUAGUAUGACAUACGAUGAGUGUACGAAGACUUAGAGAUGUCACUGGGAGACGGCCACCAAGAUCUGGUCAAGUUCGUUAGUCAAUUGAUUAGCCAAUAGAGUAGAUGGGGUAUAGAUGGGUAGAUAGAUAGACCCUUUUCAAAGGGGAAGGAGAGUCUAGCUCGU